AUGUCUAGCCAACCAGAUGCGGGGGUUCCUCUUAGCCAUGCGCCAGACGGCAACGGAUAUAAGUUAUUAGAGCUACCGCCUGAUUUGCUCGCUCUUCUAGAAUCAGAAAAUCCCCCGGUUCUAACUUUAGAAUCCUCGCCGAAUUCCGCCAUCUUAAAAAACGGUGCUCAGUCAUGGGGUCUCCGUCAGAAGAACACAUCAAAUGCUUUGAUCUUGCUUAAGUCUACGGAGAGUACAACCUUGUCUUCGUCUCAAAUGCCGACAGCUAGCUUGAAAGCCAUCGCGACGAUCCACGAUACGGUUGAACUGGUUUCGGAACCUUCCGAAAAGGCGGCUCCUGUUGCGAGAGGGAAAUGGCAUGAGAAAUUUGCCCGUGGAAGGUAA